AUGGCGAAAUCAAUUCGUAGCAAGUGGAAACGAAAAUGCAGAGCUAUCAAACGGGAGCGUUACGCUGUCAAAGAGUUAGCCAGAUUAAAGAAGAUGCUUGGUGUUAAAGAUGAAGACAAACAGCCCGAUGAGGUUAUGGACUCGGAGCAGGUAAUAUUCUUGGACGCUGGACAGAUUGGAAAAAAGAACAAGAAGAAGGAAAAGCCAGCGCCCGAAGCGGACGAGGACGUUGAAAUGAGCUCGGAUGAAGAGAAUGUGGAAGUGGCUGGCGAUGGUGGGGAAAAGCGAAUCUACAGCACGAAAACCUUGAAAGACCAGAAUGGCCAGUACCCAGUGUGGUUGCACAAGCGAAAGAUCGCGAAAAUGAACAAAGUAGGCAAGAAGAACAUGAAAAAACGCUCGAAGAAACGGAGGAGA